ACUAUAUUACACAGGGUGGACUAAUAAAACAUUCUAAAUUUUCUCUUUCUAUUUAUUAGGUACCCUCCAAAAUAGGCUACUACGUCACCGACUUGAAGAUGGCUUUGCAAACGGCCGAAAUCCUCGUUCAAUAUGGCCUGAGAACCGAAUGGGAAGAGGCCUUCAACUGUGGGGAAUCCCAAACAAUCGAUCAUCGCGAAGAUGAUGAUUUACCCAGAGAUCCUCGCCAAUGGACAAGAGAAAACGUGGCUGAUUGGUUGAAAUUCGUCAUGACAAAACACAACCUGCCCGAAGUGCAAUCGAGCAGAUUUCUGAUGAACGGCAAAGCCCUGUGUCUUAUGUCACCCGGCAUGUUCCUGAAAAGGGCCCCCUUAGGGGGCAAAUUGCUCUACAAGGACUUUCAGUUACGUCUGAGCUCCGCCUUGUAUACGAGUAAUUGAUUUAAUUCUUCACAAUUUGCCCUCUCUAUUGAGUAACUAAGGAA